AUGAACUUUCUAUUCUUAAAUUUUAAUUCUGGAAUGGAUUAUGUAAAAGAUUAUGAAAAUGCAGACACAAUCAGUAUUGACACAUUGGCUCUUGAAGAAGCUGUGCAAGAAGAAAGAACACGAGAAAUAUCAGAACUUAAUGCACUUAGUCCAAAAGUUAGUUAUCUUCACACAAGUGUACUAUACUACAGAAAUGCAAAAACUAAGUUAGGAGUUACUUGCCACGAAGCAUGGAGAACAUUAGUUAAAAAAAUUGGAGGUACACCAAACACAUGGAGGGAUCUUGGUUAUUUAUUAGGUCUAUCCCAAGAUGACUUGGCUUACAUCAUGAAUACUGUUAGAGAAGACCCAGCUGACACAGUCCUAAAGGUUUUUAUGCAAAAUGAAAAGGCAACACUUGAUAAGGUUUUGGAUGCUUUAGUCAAAAUGAAACGAUAUGAUAUAUUAAAAGCUAUUGAGGAUCCAUUCUGUGAUAUGGCCCAAUGUUUCAAUAAAGAUGAUAGUGGCUACCAUAGCACAGGCAAAACUAGUGGUACAAAAGAAAUUGUAAGUUUCACGAAAAAUCUUACAAAUGAUUUACCACCAGCCUUAAAUAAAAAUAUAAUUGUAAAAGGCAAAGAGCCUAAUAAACCUACCUUAAGACCACCCAUCAAAGCUGAUGUAAAGAAAAGAGAAAAUGAACAACCAAUUUUAUUUUUAACAUUCACUGAGGAUGGUUUACAAACUGCUGCUAAUAUAAAGCAAUAUGUUGACAAUUGGACAGAUAUUUCUGGUGUCACUAUAGUUAUUCUUAAUGAGAGGCGAGAUGAAGUUUAUCAAAACCCCGAAAAGUUCAUAAGAGAAUACUUUGAGAAGGCGGAUUUCAUAGUACCAAUAAUAACAACUGGAUAUUUAAAUGAAAUAAACUCGCACACACCAAGGGUUCCUAGUACUAAUGAUAAUCUGGAUUUUAAAUACGUAAAUUUUAUAUACAAAUUAAUAGUCAACCAUUAUAUACAUGUUUCUGGUUGUCUCAAUCAGAAAGUAAGAAGUGUAUUGCCCCAAAAUGCUGAAGUGAAUGUACUUAGAGAUAUAACUAUGUAUCCCGAUUUAAUGCCUUGGACAUAUGAAACAAAUUUUGAUGAGAAUUUUAAAGCUUUUUUGAACAAAGAAUACUCAAACAAUAUUAUAUAA